AUGCUGUGGAAACGGUUUGUCUAUCCACGAUCAGUCAUUGUUUUUCGACGAAGUUGUUCGUUGGUAUCAGUACCCACAGUACUAUUGUCAUGUUUUUGUCGGGAAUCUUCUUGCUACCGGCCAUGUCGAAGAUCAACAUCAUCUUUUUUGGACUCAGUCCGAUAUGCGCACGACACUUUUAGUAAAAAUCCUUCAACUUCAGCAGGUGUCAGGAUUACUAACGAAGAGUUGCCGACCAAAGAGCAAUUAUUUUAUGUGGAUUUCCUUACCGAUACGUUGGUGCCGGGAUUUUUGAGCAAUCGAAAGCAGUUUUUAAAAUUUAUGAAAUUGUGUACCAAAGAUGUUGUUUACAGCGAUUCAAUUUUUAAUCAACACACCACAGGCAUAGAUAAAUUUAUAAGACGUAUUUCACUCUCCAAAUUAUACUUCAGUUUGAUGCAAUCGAGCAGUAAGUUUGAGAAAUUGGGGUCAUGCAUCUACGAAAACAGUGAUGUCAUUGUAGUUCUUUGGCGGAUUAUGACCAUUAAAUUAUAUCAUCAGCAAACAGAUAUCGUUGAAGGAGCGCUAGAUAUUCACCUUGAUAAAGAUGGACGUAUUUACAAGAUUAAAAAUCGACCGGUAACUCGAGAUGAUCAGAACGAUGCAUCUGCCCUGUCAAAAUUAAAAGAAGCUUCGAAAACUGAAAACGGCGAAGCUUUAGCAACAACAGUGCAAAUGCGAACGACACUACGAUGUUUGCUCCCUCUUGCUGCUCCCUCUACUGCCUAUUUUUUAUUUUCACGUGCGUAUAGUAAUGGAAGAGGUAACAGAGGACCAGAAAUGUUUCAGUUGGAACAUGUACGAAAAAGGCUAGAAAUGACGGCUCCACAUUUCUUUCGGGAGCGGCCAGAUUAUACAUUUUACAGGCCGGAUGUGUUGUAUAAAGACGAGAUUUUUCAGAUUACUAUUACGGGUCGAGACAAACUCAUGAUUUAUUUCGGCUCGAUUAGUGUAAUAUGUCUAUUUUGCUUUCCUCACAUAGAAAUGGAAGUUUUGAAUAUAUUACCGAUCUCAGAAGAUGGAACAGUACGAUUAAGGUGGCGUAUAAAGCAUAUCUCAUUGAUACGAUCGCUGUUGAAUCCUAUGUUGUUCAGAUAUGAUUAUCGUAUCAAGAGGUUGAAAUGGUACGAUGGUCUUACAAUAUUUUACGUUGGUGAAGAUGGACUUGUAUAUCGAGCGGUUACACGCAGAACGAUUGAUGAUGAACAGAAAACUCCGCAAGUAAAUCGACUUGCUGAUUUAGCACAAAAAGUUGGCGUACUACCGAAAGGUUCCGCUACAUUUGUAACCAACAAAUGGAAUAAUACGCUACUACUUUCUAAAUGA